UAUUCUAAACAGCUAAGAGCAACAGUUAACUCAACAAUUUCAAAUGGAUUUUUACUAUUUACCUGCAUCCGCACCCUGCCGCUCCGUGCUCAUGACAGCAGCUGGAGUGGGUGUUAAGCUAAACAAGAAAAUUCUAAACACCAUCAAACAGGAGCAGAUGACACCCGAGUUUAUAAAGAUCAACCCACAGCACACUAUCCCAACUCUCGAUGACAAUGGCUUCUCGGUAUGGGAGUCGCGUGCUAUUCUCAUAUAUCUAGUGGAGCAGUAUGGCAAGAACGAUGCUCUAUAUCCUAAGGAUCCCAAGCAGCGUGCUGUAGUCAAUCAACGCCUCUAUUUUGACAUGGGCACGCUAUAUCAGUCGUUUGCCGAUUAUUAUUAUCCACAAUAUAUAGCGAACGCUCCAGCAAAUCCUGAACAUUACAAAAAAAUGGAGACUGCUUUUAGCUUCUUAAAUACCUUUCUGGAGGGUCAACAAUAUGUAGCUGGCAAUCAAUUGACGAUUGCCGAUUUGGCCAUUUUGGCGUCAGUGUCAACUUUUGUGGCUAUGGACUUUAAGCUGGAUAACUAUGCCAAUGUGAGCAAGUGGUAUGCACACGCCAAAAAAGUGGCUCCUGGCUGGGCUGAAAAUGAGAAAGGAGCAUCGGAAUUCAAGGCAGUUAUGGAAACACUGCGAAAGAAGUAACUUUUAUGUAACAUUUUUGAAUAAUUUAUAAGAAGUUUUAUAAAGCUUAAAUUAAAAUACAUAGUUAAACUGUUAAUUGUUAAUUAAUACAUACAUCAGAUUCGUAUGUAUGUAUGUAUAUUCCAACCACACAAUACUCUCACACACCUAAUUUGUUUUUUUCGCCUAUUCUGAUAGCAUAACAGACAAUAAAAGCUUAUAAAAA